GGGCACGUGGAAGAGGUGUGGACGGCGGCCAUAUCCCCGUCAGAGCACGCGUUCGUCACCGCCGGCCACGACAUGAUGGUCUGCAAGUGGUCAGCGGUCAGCCAUAAAAUGCUGUGGAAGGUCUACGUGGACAGUGCCUGCUGGGCCUCAGCGUAUCACCCUGAGGGUCACACCGUUGUUAUUGGGACAGAGACGGGACAGGUGAUCGUGCUGAACGCUAACAAUGGCAGCCAGCUCGCCUCCUUCAACGCUUCUCACGAGAAGAUACAGACCGUGCAGUACUCCCCAGAUGGUGCCAUGCUGGCUAUUGGUUGCCAUGACAACACGAUAUACGUGUUUGAUGUUCUGGAGAAGAGGCGAUCAUACCGGAGACACGGCCAGGGUUUUCUGAGGGGACACAAAAAUUUCGUGUUGAAUCUCGACUGGUCACGUGACAGCAGUUUCCUGAGGAGCGUUUCUGGGGAUUGCGACACCCUAUUCUGGAAUGUUAAUUCUAUGCAGCAAGAGAAACCGGCCAAAAGCCUGCGUGACGUAGACUGGCACACGCACAACUGCAUUCUGGGAUACCACGUCAUAGGUGCUUGGUCUAACCUCGUGGAGGGGGAGGACCUUAGCUGCACGGCGCGUUCCCACUACAGGGACUAUUUAGCUGUCGGAGAUACAGAGGGCGCAGUUAGGCUCUACAAAUAUCCAUGUGCUGCGCACAAGCCUGAGUACUACGAAAAGAAGCACUAUUCGUCCAACGUGACGUCAGUGGGUUUUCUGUUUGACGACAGUUACGUCAUAAGCACGGGAGGAGUGGACGCCGGGGUGAUGCAGUUUGCUGUGGUGGAACCGCUAACCCCAAGGUAG